AACGCUGUCUCCAGUUCUGCUGCUGCUGCUGCUGCCGAUACGCUUGCGAUACCGCAUCACCUGGCAAGAUGAACGACGAGGAACGUGAUAUGGGCGUCGAGGCCGAGAGGAGGGCCCACCACAGCGCUCUCGAGCGAAGGCGACGAGACCAGAUCAAGUUCACGUUCGACUGUCUGCGGGACGCCGUGCCGUCUCUGCAAUGGGAGAGGGCUACGCGCGCCCAGAUCCUGAAGCGGGCCACCGACUACAUACAGCUGAUGCAGCGCAGGAACAGGGAGCGGCUGCACACCAUCAAGGACCUCAAGCGAGAGAAGAAGCAUCUAGAGGAUCAGAUACGGGCAUUUGGAGGGGAGGGAGAUGCGCAGCGGCGGUGGCGACUGCCCGCCUAGCUCCCCGGUCGUCGCGACCACUGGCGAGGGCGUCUCCCCGGCUGGCGAGCGUUCCAUGCUGCCUGAAGGGAUGUAAGCGACCGCAGGAAGAGAACAACUGCUAGUCUUGGCGUCAUCCUAAAUAAAGAGG